UGAAAAGUCGGUGUCAUUGGGUCUAUGAGAACAGCCAUGGACAUGGAGAGGGUCAACUCCAUGGGCUUCGGGGAAUUUGUGGAUGUGUUUGGGAACAUCAUUGAAAAAUGCCCUCUGGUCGCAGCUGCUGUGUGGUCCCAGCGUCCAUUUUCUGACUCGGAAGACUUAGAAAAUCACUUUUUUGCUUUUAUCGAUGCUCUGCCAAGAUCAGGCCAGGAGGGCAUCCUACGUUGUCAUCCCGACCUAGCGGGCCGCGAUCUGCAUCAGGGCACGCUCACCGCCGAGUCGCAGCGCGAGCAGAGCCAAGCGGGCCUCACCAGCCUGGACGCGGACGAUCAGCUGCGGCUGCAGAAACUCAACGCGCUGUACCGAGAGCGCUUCGGUUUCCCGUUCGUGCUGGCUGCGCGCCUGAGCGACCGAGACACGGUGCUCCGGGAGCUAGCCCGCCGGCUACACUGCCAGCCCGAGUUGGAACUGCAUACCGCCCUGGGCGAGGUGAAGAAGAUCGGCCACUUGCGCCUGGCAGAUUUGUUAGGCGCCGAUCCUGCCAGGGUGGAGCCGCCCGGGGGCUGGAGAUCCGAAUGCCAGAAGGAUGCACCACUGGGGGGACUUGGCGCUGUACACCCUUCGCUGGAGGCUGGCUCGGGCUUGGAGAACAAUCCACUCACCCACACAAAGGAAGUGGAGAAUUGAAGCAUUCACACGACUAAUUCAGCCUUUGUCCACCCAUCCACACAGCACGCGUCGCCAAAAUAUGUCAGAUUCUAGAGUGUUUAGCGCUUUGCCCCCGAUUUAUCCAGAUCGCUGCUUCAAUUCUCCACUCGCCUUGCGGUCUGCCUACACUACAGCCUUGGCGGGUUGAAAGCUCCCUCCCCGCUCCCCAAUCUCUCCUGCUAAGCGGGAGCUGGAAAUGCAAAAGGCACUCACUGAAAAGGUAGUCUUGCAUUCCAUAGUGGUCUUUCUUCUCCCACUUCAUUUACAAGUGAGCAGAAGCGACUGCCUCACUCUAAAACACCCAUGAGAUUUGAAGUUGGGGGG